UGUGCAUUUUUAUUUUUAACUUAAACAAAACAACAACGUUUUGGGGUUAUUAAACAAUAAAUAGGGUUGUUUAUUAGAUUUUCGCAUGUCAAAUGUGUGGCAUGAUAUUGAAAUAAAGAUACCGUUAAUCGUCAAUGAGUAACUGAACGUGAACAUAAAUAUUGCUUGUCAAAAUGUUUGGUGAAAAAGUUAUAGAACUUAUAAAAGAAGCAGAAAGAAAUCCUGAGACUAUUGAUCAAUUCAAUGAUGAAAAAAUACGGCAAAUCUUGGAAGAAAUGCAGUCCCUAUUUCAAAUGAAUAUGAAUGAUGCAAAUGCUACAUCAGAAAACAAAUCUCUUUGGACAACAGUGCAAGUAAGGCACUCGGCUUUAGAACGUAAUAAGCGCUGCUUGCUAGCGUAUUUGUACAGUAGAAUGAACAAGAUCAAGACUCUACGCUGGGAAUUUGGAUCUGCCUUGCCCCCGGAUGUAAGAGAAUUGCUCUCCGAUGACGAAUAUGACUGGUUCUCAAAAUACUCAACCAAUCUAGCAACAUACAUGAGAUCCUUAGGAGAGGACAUUGGCUACAGUGGAAUAGAUUUGACAGAAAAUCUUAAGCCUCCAAAGUCACUGUAUAUUGAAGUGUUGUGUAUGGCUGACUAUGGCAAGUUAGAGCUUGAAGACGGUGAUGUGAUAACUUUGAAGAAAAAUAGCAGACAUUUCUUACCAACAUCUGAGUGCCAAACAUUAAUAAGACAGGGCAUUUUGAAACAAAUAUUAUAAUUAAUAUUGUUAGGUAUUUUAAAAAUAUGUGGUUAAAGUGAUAAAAAACACUGUGGCUGUCCAUAUUACAUAAAUUAAUAAAUAAUUGAACUGAAA